AGGCACGUGACAACACAUUAUCAUCGAUCGAACAAUAUAAAAGCAGCCACAGUGACCACACAAAUCACAGCUUUGGAGACUGAGAAAAAAAUUGGUCCGCCUCCUAUCCUAGCACAAGUUGGAAGCUAUGGCUCAAGAGAGAACCAUGGUGGCAUUCACUGCCCUGGCAGAAUACGGUGGGGCUCAUGGACCCUUCAACAUGGACACAACUCUGGUUUACAACGAGGUGAUUACAAACAUUGGUGAUGCCUACAAUAGCUGUACAGGUAUCUUCUGUGCACCUGUUGCAGGUGUUUAUUAUUUUACAUUCUUCUACCAUGCUGGAGGAGAACAUAAGUCAAGGCUGUCCCUGAUGAAGAACUGUGAGACCAUUGUCAUAACAUCUGAUCACAAAUCAGACUCUGAUGGAGCUGAUAAUGGAGGAAAUGUAGCAUUCCUGCAGUUGCAGGCAGGAGAUCAGGUGUUUGUGCGCCUGGAUGCAAAUCAUCAUCUUUGGGCAGCUGAGAGACAUACUAGCUUCAGUGGCUUUCUGGUCCGUCCCAUGUGAUGAUAGAUGACUCCAAAAUGGUUUUUGUGGUUCAGUUUAUUCCUGCCUGAAUAUACAGUAUGUCAAAAAACCUGAGAUCAAUGAAGCAUCUACUGUGCUACCAAU